CUCAACCAAACCUUUUGGAGACAUUACUAGAAGAGUUUUGUAAAAUGACAGCGGGUUUCACCGAAGCUGAGCUACUCCAAAGAACUUUCAAAUUGCCAUACAUUGCGAUCGCAUACAUCAACGAGAGGGGCGGAAGUCUCACUCUGGAAAAGUACAAAGUCCACCUGUACAUCCCUCGGGAUGCACUAGCCAAAGGCCCCCCGCAAAUGGUGUACGUUUUUGUCGACCCGAGUGCGCCGCCAGUUGAUGGAGUAAAUCCUCCCUAUGUCGCUCUGUCACCGAUGAUCCAGUGCGGCCCCACAGGUCGGGAGUUCUUGGACAGCGUGGUGCUUUCCUUUCCCCACCACGCCAGCAACGAAUGGGAUCUCAGUACUCGUAUGUGCCAUAGUAAUGAAGGAACCCCCAAAAUCUGGCAGGCACUAGAUGCAGAGACGGAUGGUGCGAUGGUUCUUCGGCGAGACAACAAGAUGGUACUUCUCUUGAAGCAUUUCAACCUUUUCGUAGCGGAUGGCAUACCGUGUGAGGCGAGUGCUAAGAUGAUGAAGACUGGUGCAUUUGGAAGCCUCUACGAUCCCUCCGAUGCACGUUAUGCUGUACGGAUUCACGUUUGGAACAAUGACCCAGUUGCUGAGAAGAAAGUCAUUGCCAUGGAAAACGACCUGGGUUCUACGCCACUUGACGCAUAUAGGGACUUGCAAGUCUUUUACAACCAGGGAGAUGUGAACGCAACCAUUGACAACAUUAAGACUGGCUGGGAAAUGGAAGAGAAGACACCAAAGGAACAGAAAAUCCUGAAGACAUCUGUGUGGCAAUUUCCAACAAACUCUGUGACCUUUGACCUCACUCGGGAGACCAACGAUGGAGCGACAGCAAGUGUUUCAAACCAGCCUGACAAAUCACCACCAGGAUGCGAUAGCUUUGUUUACCAACUCAAAGCUGAUUCGGCUGAUUCAAGCUGGGAGGGACACAAAGUUCGUCUCUCCGUCAGACCAAAGCAAGGAAGAAGUUCACCAUCAGCGGAAAUCCCUGAGCGUCAGGAAGAGGAAUCAUGUCAGAUGUGCCACCAGAACCCAUCGUCGAAUGCUGGGAUUUGCGCUGCCUGCAGGGAAGAACUAAAAGGGGCUUUAACAGAUAACACCGGUAAAGAGACUGAUGGCGGUCUCGGCGGUCUCUCCAAGGAAACAGUGAAGAAGUUUUCACGCUUUCUGAAGUACGAAAGUGGCGGCCGGAGCAACACGAUGCGUCUUGCUGAAGAGCUGUUUGGCCAGGGAACCAAGUUGAUUGCUACGCUUCGCCGAGGAAUGGCUAAUCCAGCGAAACAAGUAUUGAAGUUAUAUUUCUCAUUCAAGCGAGAGGAUCACGUUCCCGAUCAGGAUGCGGUUGUGGGUCUUCUCGAGGUUUUCAGUAGUCUAGACAUGGAAGAAGCCGUUCGAAUUGUGCAUGCUGAACUUAAUACGCAAGGUUAG